AUGCCAGAGCUGCCUUCAAAGAGCGCUACUGUUUCUAAGAAGGGCUUUAAGAAAGCUGUAACGAAAACUCAGAAGAAAGAAGGAAAAAGGCGCAAGAGAUGUCGCAAAGAGAGCUAUUCAAUUUACAUCUACAAGGUACUGAAGCAAGUUCAUCCUGAUACUGGCAUCUCUUCAAAGGCCAUGAGCAUCAUGAAUUCCUUCGUCACCGAUAUCUUUGAGCGUAUUGCUGGGGAGGCGUCGCGCUUAACACAUUAUAGCAAACACUCGACCAUCACAUCUCGGGAAAUCCAGACAGCUGUGCGCUUGCUACUGCCUGGGGAGCUGGCCAAGCACGCCGUGUCUGAAGGUACUAAGGCUGUUACCAAGUACACCAGCUCCAAGUAA